GAAGCUCGAGCAGUUGUAAUUUGGCUGUGGACGAGUGCGGACCAAUUUCAGCUCUGACAUGAUGAUGAGGGCGGUGCUGGCGCUGGCCCUGAUGGGCGUGGCGUGGGCGGAGUUGGCUCCACCCGAGAGAUCCUACAAGAUCCUGAUGCUGUUGCCGAUAUCCUCAAAGAGUCACAGGAAUGUCUUCUUGCCGGUCGCCGAGGCUUUAGCCGAUCGAGGACACAAGAUUGUGAUGCUGGUCAACCACCCGCCUGCGUUGAAGCACCCCAACGUCGAGGAGAUCAACCAUGAACUGCCCGAUUUCAGGGAAGAAAGCAUGAACAUGUUCGAGACACGAGGGAACCCAGCUGCUGCGUUCGGAAUGUUCGAAAAGGCUCUUCCUGCCAUCGCCAGGAAGCUGUACAAGGUCCCGAAGGUUAAAGAACUCUAUGACAAAAGAAAGGAGUUUGAUCUCAUAAUCAUCAACCAUAUGUUUAAUGAGGUUGCGUACCCAUUUGCCCACGAGAUGCCCUUCAUCACCAUAGCAACGCCAGGUAUGGACUACCGCCAAAGCGCUGUCUUGGGCAACGUUUUGAAUCCUGCUUACGCUCCUAACAUAAUGAAUUCUUACCCAGUACCUAUGAGCAUGUUACACCGCAUCCUCAAUACGAUACAACACAUCAUGUUUGCCUUUUAUUGGCGCCACUGGAGUAUCGUUCCGCCCGUACAGAAAGAGAUUUCGGCUCAGUUCCCGGACCUCCCGCCACUACUGGACAUCGAACGUAACCAGAGCCUUGCCUUGAUGAACUCCCACUUCACAAUGAACGAUGUUCUGCCUCUGCUGCCGUCCCAGGUGGAGGUGGGGGCCAUGCACUGCCGUCCUGGCAAGCCCCUUCCUGAGGAUUUAGAGUCCUGGAUCAGCGGCGCAGGAUCAGAAGGCGUCGUAUACUUCAGUCUUGGCUCCGUGGCUCAAGGUCAGUCGAUGCCCAAGAAAUACCGAGACAUGUUCGUGGAGGCCUUCAAGCAGCUCAAACAGCGGGUCAUCUGGAAGUACGAGGUGGCGCUGGAGGGCGUCUCUGACAACGUGCUGAUGCGGAAGUGGCUGCCGCAGCAGGAUAUUCUCGCUCAUCCAAACGUCCGCGUCUUCAUCACCCACGGAGGACUCCUCAGCACUCAGGAGUCCUUCUACCACUCCACGCCAGUCCUCGCGGUCCCCAUCUUUGGCGAUCAGCCCAAGAAUGGCAUGAACAUACAGAACAACGGCCUCGGUCUGAUGCUGGUGUGGGAGGAGCUGACGGUCGAGCUCAUCGUCAACAGUCUUCAGGAAAUUAUCUCGAAUCCCAAAUACAAAGCCAGGGCCACAGAGGUGCAGGGUCCUCUCCGUGACCAGCCCGAAAGCCCGAAGGAUCGCGCGGUGUUCUGGACCGAGUACGUGAUCCGGCACAAGGGCGCCCCCCGGCUGCGGUCUCCGGCGGCGCAGCUGUCGUGGGUCGAGUUCCUCAUGCUGGACGUGCUGCUGGUGCUCCACGUCGCCGUGUUCGUGGUGGUGUACGUGCUCCGCCGCCUUCUGGGGGCCGUCUGCUCGCGGGUCCUUGGGUCCCAGAGCAAAGGCAAGAAAAAGAAGAGGGAGUUCCCCAGCGGCCAUUGGCUACCACCGGUCACACCUGAGGUUUUGUCCACACGGCUGACGAGCACACGGCAGACCGAGCUCUGGGGACUGCUCGAUCUGGUAACACUGUUUAAUAAGCGUAAAAUAUCCACUCACCGGCUAUUGCCCGACGAGCACUGUCCAUUCGUCUGGAUGGGGCCAAAGUUAGGCUUUGUAAGGACGGGCACAAAUAGGGAUGACAGGCGGGAAAACUACUCGAGAAUAAAUCAGGUCUUACGUAAAUGGAAGCCACUCAUGUCCAGAAUUAAGGUCAAAGGUAUCCUAGACCAGAUUCAAGCUCAGUUCAUCUCAAGGGGACACAGAGAUAGAAACAACAUGAGGACAGCGGUGCUAGCCCUGGCACUAGCGCUGACUGGCGUGGCGUGGGCGGGGUUAACUCCACCCGAGAGAUCCUACAAGAUCCUGAUGCUGUUGCCGGUAUCCUCGAAGAGUCACAGAAAUGUCUUCAUGCCGAUCGCCGAGGCUUUAGCCGAUCGAGGACACAAGAUUGUGAUGCUGGUCAACCACCCACCAGCAUCAAAGCACCCCAACGUCGAGGAAAUCAACCAUGAACUGCCCGAUUUCAGGGAAGAAAACAUGAACAUGUUCGAGACACGGGAGAACCCAGCUGGUGCGUUCGGAAUGUUCGAAAAGGCUCUUCCUGCCAUCGCCAAGAAGCUGUAUAAAGUCCCGAAGGUUAAAGAACUCUAUGACAAAAGAAAGGAGUUUGAUCUCAUAAUUAUCAACCAUAUGUUUAAUGAGGUUGCGUACCCGUUCGCCCACGAGAUGCCCUACAUCACUAUAGCAACGCCAGGUAUGGACUACCGCCAGAGCGCGGUCUUGGGCAACGUCUUGAACCCUGCGUACGUACCCCACUCGAUGAAAGCUUACCCUCUUCCUAUGACGAUGUUACGUCGAUUCCUCAAUACCGUAGCGCCCAUCAUGCUUGCCGUAUACUGGCGUCACUGGAGUAUCCUUCCGCCCGUUCAACAGGAGAUUUCGGCCCAGUUCCCGGACCUCCCGCCACUACUGGACAUCGAACGUAACCAGAGCCUUGCCUUGAUGAACUCCCACUUCACAAUGAACGAUGUUCUGCCUCUGCUGCCGUCGCAGGUGGAAGUGGGGGCCAUGCACUGCCGUCCUGGCAAGCCCCUUCCUGAGGAUUUAGAGUCCUGGAUCAGCGGCGCAGGGUCAGAGGGCGUCGUGUACUUCAGUCUCGGCUCCGUGGCUCAAGGUCAGUCGAUGCCCAAGAAAUACCGAGACAUGUUCGUGGAGGCCUUCAAGCAGCUCAAACAGCGGGUCAUCUGGAAGUACGAGGUGGCGCUGGAGGGCGUCUCUGACAACGUGCUGAUGCGGAAGUGGCUGCCGCAGCAGGAUAUUCUCGCUCAUCCAAACGUCCGCGUCUUCAUCACCCACGGAGGACUCCUCAGCACUCAGGAGUCCUUCUACCACUCCACGCCAGUCCUCGCGGUCCCCAUCUUUGGCGAUCAGCCCAAGAAUGGCAUGAACAUACAGGACAACGGCCUCGGUCUGAUGCUGGUGUGGGAGGAGCUGACGGUCGAGCUCAUCGUCAACAGUCUUCAGGAAAUUAUCUCGAAUCCCAAAUACAAAGCCAGGGCCACAGAGGUGCAGGGUCCCCUCCGCGACCAGCCCGAAAGCCCGAAGGAUCGCGCGGUGUUCUGGACCGAGUACGUGAUCCGGCACAAGGGCGCCCCCCGGCUGCGGUCUCCGGCGGCGCAGCUGUCGUGGGUCGAGUUCCUCAUGCUGGACGUGCUGCUGGUGCUCCACGUCGCCGUGUUCGUGGCGGUGUACGUGCUCCGCCGCCUUCUGGGGGCCGUCUGCUCGCGGGUCCUCGGAUCCCGGAGCACAGGCAAGAAGAAAGCGGAAUGAGGGAUUCUCUAAUGACUUUCAAAAUGUAUACUUUUUUCUCUUCAGAUUUUUAAAAUCUAAUUUGUGACUAAUAUUUUUACAUAAAUGCGUAUCUUGAUGGCAAAAAAAAAUAUUUUUUACGUACAAAGUAUCAAAUGUACUUAAUGGCUGCAACUCUAAUUCUCAUAAUAAAGAUAGUGAUACGGUG